ACAGACUCAUCUCAGCACAUCCCUCCAGUCAUGAUGAGUGGGCGAAGACGCAGGAAGGACGACGAAAAGCCGUUCUACGCGGUUCCGCUCACCGACAAACCCACACCGUCACAGAUCAUCAACGAAGCACGCCAGUCCGUCCGUACGAUACGCACCAACCGUCCGUUCACACCGCGGGAGGGAGAGAGGAGAUUGUUCGGUACCGACAGCGGUCGGCCCAAGGAGGCACGGCCACCAUCAGCUUUUAGCCUCGGAUCUCGACAUUUUGAUGGUAGUGACUCCAGACCAACAUCCUCAACUAAACUCUCUCCUUUAGACCAUAAACCGAAGCCAGUUCCUGACGACGUGCUCCCGUUGGUCCCCAAGCCCCCAGCCAUAGACCUGGCCAGGCCGCUGGCGGGCCGCUCUGUGGCUAGGCGCAUGGUGAAGGCUGGGAGCCAGGACAACCUGGCCGACAGGGACUUGAGACAAGCGGUCUUAACAGAUGGAAAAGUUCCCAAACCCCCUGUGGAGAGAAGAGGUUCACUACCCCCCGCCCCCUCUCCUGUGGAGGGUGAUGUACCGGGUAGGCGCGUACACAGCGGACCCAAGGAGCGAACCCCCGCCUCCUUCUACAUCGAGCGGACGGAAGCGGAGGGGGCCGAGGCCCCGCCAAGGGUUCGCAGUGCAGGGAGCGCCAGAAGCAGGAGGAGGGCAGGUGAUGAGGAGGCGGGAGGAGACGGCAGGACGGGGAGGGAGAGCGGGUACCACUCCCAGCCAUCCUCCGCAGAGAGGAAGGAGACGAGGUCGGGCAGCGGGGGUCGCCGUGACGACGAGACGCCAGAGGAAGCGCUGUUCUGGAACACCAGCGUCCUGCCGAUUCUUACAGACAUGGAGAGCCACUCAAAAGACAAGAAGCACCGCACGCUGUGUGACCUGUGCGACCGGCUCUACACCACGUUAGACACAGCCGGGCUGCUGGGUCGGGCGGCCAAGCGGCGCUCCGCACUUCUCAAGACGCUCUACAAACUCAUCGACAUCGACGACCCCAGGAUCAUGCUAAAGCUGGCCAGACUUAUCUUAGCACUGAAGGUGUCUGGCAAGAACCUCACUAAUGUCUGUAAGUUGGUCUUCAAGAUCAGCAAAGAAGAGAAGAACGACAACCUGUUCUUAGAGUCCAAUAUUCUAGGUUUACUGGUAAGCGUAGUCCAGACGGCCGACCCUAACCAAUCAUGCGAGGCGCUGGUGUACUGCUGCGGAGCGCUGAAGUUCCUUUCGGGGAACGCAGCGCUGAUGAAGGAGCUGAGUGCGAUGAACUGUACCGAGGCCCUCGGCAAACUGUUGUCUAGUGUUAACUCUACCAAUGCAGAUUCCUCCAGACCGAAUGACCAGGCAGGGCACUUGUUAGUACAGGUCACAGCGGUGCUGCGAAACAUGGCAGACAGUUCCGGAAACCGUGACAAGUUUCUGACACAGGGUGUGGUCAGGGAGCUCCUCUCUGUGAUUGGCUGUUACUAUGGAGACAGUGACCUCAUGCUGAACUGCUCCAGAAUACACAGUAAGCUGACCUUGAGCACAGACUGCUGCGUGGUGAUGUCACAGGACAAGACAUGCUUCAAGAACUACCUCAGACUGCUCCAGAAGUACCAGAAGAAGGAGGACCUCGUAGUGCGGGUAUUGUUCAUCCUGGGGAAUCUCUCGGCAAAGUCUGAGGACGCUCGCCUCGCACUGUUCCACCAACAUGGCUGCAUGGAGACGCUACUGGGCGUGCUCAGGACCUUCCUGGACUUGGACAUAAAGGCUGCAAGUGAAGACGGCAAAGUUGUGGACGGAGAGGGUAAAACUGGACCGAGUAAAACUGAAGAUGUCAUGAUUAAGCUGAUCAGAGUGAUAGCUAACAUGUCCAUCCACCCCGACGUGGGCGCGGCCAUCGCUGAGAACAACAAACUGGUCGACCUUCUGCUGCAGAUACUAGGAAAUAAGAGCAUUGCUCGAUGUGAGGAGCUGGUGCUGAAUGUUGUCGCCACCAUCAACAACCUGUCCUACUACCCAUCCAAGAACAGCGCCAUCGAGCAGAAACAAGUACAGAUCGCUGAGAGGAUGUUGAGCAUGCUCAUGGCUGACAACAUGGAGGGGAUCGUGGAGGCGUCGCGCGUCUACGGGAACCUCACAAGGUCAGCCGAGGUCAGGGACUACCUGGGCAGGAAGAAAGUGGACGCCAUCAUGGUGACCUUGCUGGACUCCGGCAGUCGGGAGGUCGUCUUCACGUCCUGCGGAGUUCUCAUCAACCUCAUGGUGGACGAGAAGCGGAGACCGACUCUCAAGGAGGAGGGAGGGGUCAAGAAGUUGGUUGAUGUCCUGCGUGAUUUCGGCCGUACGGAUUGGGAGCUAGCGUCCAUGGUGUGCCAGACGCUGUGGAACUACAGUGAGAAAAUCACCUCCUCAAUCGACUGCUUUGGAGAGGAGGAGACCAACCAGCUGAUCGAACUGCUGCUAGAGUUCCUCGAGGAGGACGUAGUACUGGGUGUCCCAGAGGCAUCAGACUGGGACAGGGAGAUGAGAGAGUACAUGCAGUCUGUGUGGAGGGGCCGGUUCUGUCCUGUCGCAACACAGCUGCUCGACAGGGUCGAUUCGCAUCACACUGACCUGGAACCGCUGGAGCCGCCAAGUGACAGCUGAUGUAUAUGCCCCCUCCCCAACAAUGACCUUGAAGAUGCCUAGCGAUGACCUUGACCCUUUAUGAGCUACCCAGCUGUUUGACAUGUUGGACUCCACAUUGACCUUGGACUGCUUGAGCUGCCUAGCGACAGCUGAUGUAUCUGCCUUCACCAACAAUGACCUUGAACCUUUGGAGAUGACCUUGACCCUCUACAGGCCACCCAGCUGUUUGACAAGGUCGAUUCACACUGACCUUGAACCUCUGUAUCCGCCAAUUAAAAGCAAGGGACAGCAGAUCUCUCUGCUCCCU